CUGAGGGUUGGGGAUUGUUUUCGCGUGGGUCGAUGCGACGGGACCGGGCAUGUGGCUGUGUGGACUCCGUCGAGUUUCACCAGAAGACAUCUCCCACUGAAUGGACUUGACGGCACGGGUCAAAGUUUCAAAGCCAAACCUCCUUCAUCCCCGCUGCACACACCCCCCUAGGACACCACAUCCCUCCCUGACCCCAGCUCCACCUGGAGGGUUGCUCAGGAUUCCCUUUCCUCAGACAGGGAUGGGGAGAAAGGAAGGGGCCCACAUCUGUCCUAGCUCGGGAUGUUUCUAAGACAGGGUCAAAACACAAAGGAAUCAGAAGCUACUUUAGUCGACCCAGACAUCACCACCAGCCUUACAAAAACGCUCCCAUCUUGAACGCACAGAGGGAAGGCUCACUGGCAAAUGGCAAUAGCCAGGAAAGCUUCAUCAUUAGCUCGGGGCCCGAUCCGACUUCCUGACAAUCUGCUACAUGGCCAGGUUAGAGAGCGCCCUUCUCUCGCCUGGCCUCCGCUCUCUCGUGAACUUGCCUGGUCCUGACUGGGGGAGGUGGGUCCCGGGAAACUGGGUCCCGCGGACUCCAAGGACACACCCACAUGUCACAGGAAAGGAAGACUGGGAAGAAUCAGCACUUUGUGGAUGGGGACUCUGUUGGAAUGGUCAGAUGUCAGUACGUAGAAAUCCUGGGUCUUUGUCCCUGCAUGACUCAGGGACAAAUAGAAACCUCUAGGGUACUUGUGCUUGCAUUGAAUGCAACCCUGCCACACAGCAUUCUUCUGCACAAAUACAAUCUCCUAGUAGAGGUGAGAGAUAGGUGGGAGCGGCCACGAAUCGGUCUUGACAAUGACCACGACACAGUCGCUGGUUGGAAGAGCUUGCCCGUCAGUACAACGGACCGUGUGUCUUAGUGUUUACCCACUUUCGGCUUGACGAGGUCACCCUGAUUCCAUUCCCUGUAGCUCGAGUUCAGAGCCAGUAUUUCUCCCUCCGUUCCUGCUCCUUGCCCUGACCUCUCUCGAUGCAGCAGCAGCUUGCUCAGUCCAUACCCACGCAACCCAACGUCGCCAUACACUCCCGGGCACGCCCACCCCAAGCGAAACUCCCUGAGCUCUUCCUACCGAGCUCCACCAUUGGACUGACCAUUCUGUGGAUCUCUCCCUAGCUUGGCUGGAUGGACAGGCGGGUGAACGUUCAACAGGAACGACAGAGGAAGACGCCCCGUUUUACACCAGAGUGGUGUCCCUGCUGGAAGGGGAUGGCGGUAAGUAUUCUGUACUCUAGAGUCACUCACUUGUUUGCAACAACCUGGAAAAGGGCCAAGGUCGGGGCUUCGUCGCAGCCACGAUGAGAACCACCCUGAUUCCAGGUCUGGCGGGUCUGAGAAGGGUGGUCAGGGUAACAGAAAGGGAUUUUCUGGGGAAAGACCCGUGGCUUCAUGGCCCUGUCCCCGGAAACUACUGCGCUGCUCUUAGGUGGUGCAGGUUUGGGGGCAGGCAGUAGGUGUGCCUUGGAGAUGGACUAUUUCACAGCUACUCCAGGCCCUGUAGCUCCAACAGGAGGCAGAGUUUCUAUUCACAUCCCUGCUCCUCUCCAGGACCUUUCGUCCUCCAUCCAGGAAGGGCCCACUGCAGCUCAGUCCAUACUGAUGAGCUCCCCACCUCCACACACAUGUCCACACGUGCACGCCAAGCAAAGCUCCCCGAGCGAUUCCCAAAGAGUCCCAUAGGGGUCCCGACAUUCUCUGUGUGUAUCCACCCAGAUCCCCUGGCUAGCCUGUACGAUGACCUUGACGUGGACAGCACAGAGGGAGAGGUCCCAUUGUUCACCAAGGUGGUGGCCCGGCUGGAAAAGGAGCUUAGUGUUCUUACAGAUCUACUGGUAGAGAGCAUCGAGGACUACUCCACCAGUGAGGACAAAGUCUCUUCAGCAUCCUCGCUGAUCUCUGACCCGGAGAAGGAUUCCAUGGACGACGAUUCCGUCGGAAGGAGCCACCCUGCGCCUCUCUCAAGAAGCUUCCCUUCUGUGGACAUGGCGCAAAUGACAAGGGAAGCAGAAGAAGAGGAGGACUCGGGAACGGGCUGCGCCACAGGACAGUGUGCCCGCCACCCCGAGGCACCAAAGGCUCCUGGGGUGCUCCGACAAAGGGAGCCAGGAGGGCCCUGGGGCCCCACUUGCGGCUCCGAUUUGGGCCCGGAGGAGGAUUCGGCAUGAACACACAGGGAAACACGCCUGCAGGAACGGCUCUCUUACGCCUGACCUCCGUAGGCCAAAGAGACGACUUCUGGGCAGCCCACCAGAGGACAGCACUGGAGCCCCGAGGACGAGACGAGAGGACCCUCUGAGUCGGCCGCCACACCCAGAGCUGGCUGCCCGGGACCUGCCGAUGACGGACACUUGGAGCACGAGGCAACCACCUGGGCCCACAACAAUCCGUUGUGUGGGGAGACUGGGCCGACCUGGGGCUGGGCCCACCUGGGACUGGGAUGGAGAGCAGCCUUCCCGUCGUCUCCCCUGUCUGCUACAGGGGCUGCUCCUCCUCCCGCUGUCCCCUGCAGACCCCGGCAACCCUGCAGAGCUUGACACAUGCAGGACGAAGCGGCACUGCCAGGGUCCCUUGAUCACCCUGGGAUCGACUCGAGGGGCAGCGGCCCUACCCCUGCUGGAUUCCCCAAGGGUGCCGCACCGGAACCGCCCCUGUCGCUUCGACGCACAGGACCGUGACCAAUGCUGGGCUCAACACUGGCAGCGGCCCCACAAAACGUGCCCCGCUCAGCCUGUGUGUUUGGCAGCAGCAAGAGGUUUAGGGAGGAGAGGCUCUCCCCUGCACUCAGCGGCCUCUUCCAUUUACAACUCUGACAGCAGAGGCCUCCCCCAGCUGGGCCUACCCCACCUGACCAGGAACGACCCACGCGGAGGGACAGCUCUACGCCCCUAUUCAGCAGGAAGAAGCUACAGAAGAUGAGACCGUCCUCCUUCAACAACCUUAACCACGCAAUGCUCCGUCCUGGUCAAGGGCACACGAGGAGGGAGGAGAAGGCUAGCUGAGCACCAAGCAGGAGCUGGCACGCCACACCGCCCCCCCCAACCUGGGAUACGGGGGACAUCCCUCAGGCGCUCUGACUGCCCUCAAGCUGAGGAAAGGAAAAAACAGAUUCUCCCCAGAUGGCAAGACCGGAGUCUCCCUCGGUUUGUAAACGUCCUCGUGAUUCUGCAGGAAUCAAGAGGCCCGCUUAAUGAGAGCCUAGCGACCUGCCAGAGGCCCGGAUCUCCGUUUCCUGAAGCCCUGACAUCUCUCUCCCCUCCACGACACUGAGGGAGGCUGAGGCCGAAGGAAAUGUCCGUAGGACAGAGUUUCUUUUCAAACCUGCAGUCCCUUGAGAAGGACCUGUGAGAGGAGGAAGGUAACAUUCCUCCAGGAAGCUCCCAACCAUCUUUCAAUUCAUGCCUUCCUAGCAGGAAAAACCACCUUCCCUUCACAAGAGCAAAGUCAACUGUAUCCUCGGUGUCCUCUGUCCAACUGCCACGUUCUUGCAAAACUUCCCUUUUGCCUGACCUCCCCCAAUGCCAUCCCAGAGAGUCAGCCUCCCGUCACGACCCCAGCAAGCAGCCCUUUCUACCCAAGGGUCAUAUCCCUGUGCUUUAAUAAAAACCACCUCCUGCCAGCAAAGCCGUCUCAAGACUUCUUUCUUGACCAUCGGCCUUGAAUACUAACCUCCUUCCUACAUCAGUCCUGUCUCCUGUAGGGCUCCUGUGGAAACAGCCCUGCAACACGGGCCCAUUGCUGUCAACUCUUCCGACUCCAUCCACCUCACCCGCUGCACAUUCUGUGUCCUCCGAGGACUGGACCCUUCUGUGGUUCUUGCACUCAAACCCUCACAUGGCCCCUCUCUCGGUCCUCGACGUGGUUGACGUUGCCCUUCUGAAACUCCCCAGCAUCCCUCCCUCACUCUCUUUGUCUCGCAGGUUUAUCUGGUCCAAAGGUUCUCAUCACCAACACCCUACAACCGGUUUCUGCUCCUGAGUAAAGGACUCCAUUCCUUUCCUUUGUCAUCAAGCUCAAAUCUUACUCUCAGAUGUUUGUCUCACAACUUUCAAAUUCUUCUUUCCCCUAAUGCCUCUCUACCAGUUUCUCUUCUCCCUUUUGCAAGCCGCCGUCUCUCCCACCCUCCCUCCCUCCCUUCCUUCCUUCCUUCCCUACAUGAUCUUUUCGUUCUUUGUAUUCCUUCCUCCCUCCCCCUCUUUCCUUUUCUCCUUCUGUUCUGUUAGUCCCCACACAGCACUUCAGUACUUUUUCACCUAGUGUUCCAGGACUCACUCACUGUGUACAAGACCCAGGAGCUCACGGCAAUUCGUUCCCUAUUAUAAAGGAUGAAGGGAGACCCACACGGGGGCAUCUCAAAGGUCGGCUUCUCUGCAAGUCAACGGGAAGCUUCAGGGUCAUGAACCCUGGCCUUCCACACUAGAGCUGGACACGGGCU